UACUCGCGUCUUCCUCCUGCGGGAUCCCUGUUCAUCAGCAGAACCGCUAGACCGUCUGAGGAACUGCGCAGGACCCUGAACCAACAGAGAGGAGGGGGAGAGAAAAGGCUGAGGAAGGAAGGGAGAGAGGGCGAGAGGGAGGCAGCUUCCUCCCGUUAUGCUGGGCAACAAAAAGAAAGCCGCCCCGGCGGGGAGGAACGGAGCCGGGACGUCCGAGUCAAAGGCCAUCGAUCCCCUGAGGAACCUGGGAGUGCAGGAGGAUGAAGAUGUGAAGCGGAUGUUGCAGGGUUCCAGUAUGAUAAAGGUCCGCUCGCCUCGCUGGCAGAAGCGGCGAACUCUGAAGCUGCUGGGGGACGGCGUCACUGUCUGGUGCCAGUCCCACAAAACCUCCAGCUGGGCCAAGGAGCAGCAAUCCUUCUCCAUCAUGGAGGUGGAGUGCGUUCGCGAGGGUUGCCAGUCAGAGACGUUGCGGCAGAUGGUCGGCAACGUCCCCGAGCAGCGGUGUUUGACGGUGGUCUUCAAAGGGCCCCGCAAGAGCCUGGAUCUCCUGUGCCACACCCAGGAGGAGGCUCAGCAUUGGGCCCGCGGCAUCCGGACCCUGCAGGAGAGGGUGGCCAACAUGACCCAGAAGGAGAAACUCGACCACUGGAUUCAUGCUUACCUGAGUCGGGCCGACCAGAACCACGAUGAUAAGAUGAGCUACGACGAGGUCCAGGCACUGCUGCAGAUGAUCAAUAUUGACCUGAGUGACCAGUAUGCCCGUAGCCUCUUCCAGAAAUGUGACCAGUCGGCCGACAGUCGUCUGGACCAUGAAGAGAUUGAGGUGUUCUGCAGGGAGUUGUUACGGAGACCAGAGCUGGACACCGUGUUCAUCCGCUACUCCGCGAACAGCUGCGUACUCUCCACCGUGGACCUGAGGGACUUCUUGAAGGACCAGGGAGAGGAUGCUUCACUCAUCCACGCCCAAAGCCUCAUCCUCACCUAUGAACUCAAUGAGUGGGCCCAGAAGAACCAGUUCAUGACCCCCAAUGGUUUCACCAUGUACAUGCUGUCGAAGGAGAACUGUGCGUUUAACCCGGAGCACUCCAGGGUUUACCAAGACAUGAAACGCCCACUGGCGCACUACUUCAUCUCCUCCUCCCACAACACUUACCUCACUAAGGACCAGCUGACUGGGGACAGCAGCACGGAGCCAUACAUCCGAGCCUUGAGUCAUGGCUGCCGCUGUGUGGAGCUGGACUGUUGGGAUGGAGAUAAAGGAGAGCCAGUCCUCUAUCACGGACACACACUCACCUCCAAAGUGUCCUUCGUCGAAGUCAUUCAGACUAUCAACGAAUAUGCUUUUAAAGCGUCUCCCUACCCUCUGAUCCUGUCCCUGGAGAACCACUGCUCCGUGGAGCAGCAGACGGUGAUGGCCCGACACCUGCGAACCAUCCUUGGAGACAAGCUGCUGACCGAGCCCCUCGGUGGAUUGGAUCCUCACAACCUGCCCUCUCCAGAGGAUCUUAAGGGUAAAAUCCUAGUGAAGGGAAAGAAGGAACGCGUGGUGGAGGAGCAUUCGUCCAGCUCUUCAGACCUCAGCUCCUCGGAAGAGGAGGCCAGAAAGACAGAGGACAAGAAGCCAGGUGUGUCUAAGCUGAGUCCAGAGCUGUCGGAGCUGGUGGUGUACACCCGCAGUGUUCCCUUUAAAAGCUUCGAGCAAGCGGCCAAAGGCUCAGCCACUGACAUGUCCUCUUUCUCUGAAAGUGAAGCGCUCAGGCAUGUGAAGGACUCAGGGAUAUACUUUGUCCGUCACAACAGCCACCAGCUGAGCAGGAUUUACCCGUCAGGCCAGCGCCUCCAGUCCUCCAACUACAACCCUCAGGAGAUGUGGAAUGCAGGCUGUCAAAUUGUUGCUUUGAAUUUCCAGACACCUGGAGAGCAGAUGGACCUCAACCAAGGCAGGUUCCUCCAGAACAGUCAGUGUGGGUACAUGUUGAAGCCCCCCUUCAUGUGCCAGCCCGACACCACUUUCAAUCCGGAGAAUACCGGUGGAGGUCCUGGCCACAGACCUGUUCUGCUCACUGUCCGGGUCAUUUCAGCUCAGCAGUUGCCUAAACCAGAAUGGGACAAACCCAGCUCAAUUGUGGACCCUCAGGUGUGGGUGGAGAUACAUGGUGUACCCAUAGACAACAAUAAGAAGAAAACUCAUCAUGUCGACAACAAUGGCUUUAACCCACGAUGGGACUGUACCUUCAACUUUACCGUCCAUGUCCCUGACCUGGCACUGGUUCGCUUCAUGGUGGAGGACCAUGACUACACCUCAAGCAAUGACUUCCUGGGGCAAUUCACCCUGCCCUUUACGAGUCUCCGCACAGGUUACCGUCACGUCCGACUGCUCAAGGUGGAUGGCUCCAACCUCUCGCCCUCCUCCCUCUUUGUUCACCUGAAGGUCACCCAAUGUGAGAGCAGUCCUUCAAAAUCAUCAGCCAAUUCACCGUCCAAGUCUUUAGCCAAGAAACCCUAAGCCCAUCUCUACCACGUACAAUGGCAACAUGAAGCGUGGAAGCUGCCAUGGGCUGGUCCCCGGACAUAUCUGCCCGGAUCCAGGCAAAAAACAAAAAAAGAUUCUGGCUCUAAUUCAUAAAACUUAACGAUUAUAUGACCUUGUUUUACAAAUGUUGCAGCUAUAUCUUCAACCUGUCUACAUUUUAUGGAAGGAGAGGAUUGUGUCAUGUCUCUUUAAUCUACCAUUUAAUGGAUGUGUUGCUUUUCAGAGCACAGACCUGAGAACGUACCUAAAACUUAUUGAACCAGCCUGCAGAAGUCUAUUGAUCUUCGAGACCAUAAAAAGAAUUUGAUGCUAGAUUUUGUCUACAAAACUUACAACUUCUCGCUAACCUCUCAAACUUGAUAAGUCUCAAGCCUUCUGAAGGAAUUACUUUUUGUUAACUACAAUCAUCUUAUCGUAGUAUAUUAAUAUGAUGUUAUCUUUGACUUGGCAGUCAUGUGUAGGUUUACUGCCAGUGUAUCGCUUAUGAUCGCAUCAUACACGUAACCAGCAACUUCGUUACCAGGUUACUCUGAGAACAUGUUUACAGACUCUCUGUGUAUAGAGGCACCAGGACCGUAUCCUAAUACAGCUCUCACUGUAAGGCUGUUCUCGCACACUCUUCGUAGCUAUACUAUACUAGCUAGUUAGUUGUUUUACUCCAAAACGUUGACUUAUUUGUCAUCACGUAACUUCUGUACUUAAGUUUCAUACUUAUUUUUACACAAUUGUUGAU